AUGGUGGCAAACGCUGGAGACUUCAUCUACAUCUUCUACGGCACCCUCGAGGACCACGCACGAGGCCAGGUCGAACCCAAGGGCGAGUUCUUCUGCAAGUUGAGAGAUCCGUGGAUGCCAGAGAUACAGGGAUUGUUUCACAAGCAGCAGAUCAAAGAGUAG